AUGGCCGACGGAAUCGAUCGAAAUGCGGACGAAAAGAUGGAGUUCUCCACCUCGAAGGAGGUCACAGUGGCGCCGACCUUUGAAGCCAUGCACCUGAAGGAGAACCUGUUGCGCGGCAUCUACGCGUAUGGCUACGAGUCGCCUUCCGCAGUCCAGUCGCGUGCGAUUGUCCAGGUCUGCAAAGGCCGCGAUACCAUCGCGCAGGCCCAGUCGGGAACGGGAAAGACGGCGACUUUUUCCAUCUCCAUCCUCCAGUCAGUCAUCAUGGGUCUUGGCGACUACAUGAACGUGCAGUGCCACGCGUGCAUUGGAGGAACGAACGUGGGCGAGGAUAUCCGCAAGCUCGACUACGGCCAGCACGUGGUCUCGGGAACCCCAGGACGUGUCGCCGACAUGAUCCGUCGCCGCAACCUCCGCACGCGCAACAUCAAGAUGCUGGUCCUGGACGAGGCUGAUGAACUGCUCAACCGUGGUUUCCGCGAGCAGAUCUACGACGUGUACCGCUACCUCCCGCCUGCGACGCAAGUCGUGGUCGUCUCGGCUACGCUCCCAUACGAUGUCCUCGAGAUGACGACCAAGUUCAUGACGGAUCCGGUGCGCAUUCUAGUCAAGCGUGACGAGUUGACGCUCGAGGGUCUCAAACAGUACUUCAUCGCUAUCGAGAAGGAGGAGUGGAAGUUCGACACACUGUGUGAUCUCUACGACACACUCACCAUCACACAAGCGGUCAUCUUCUGCAACACCCGCCGCAAGGUCGACUGGCUGACAGACAAGAUGCGCGAGGCCAACUUCACAGUGUCUUCCAUGCACGGUGAUAUGCCCCAGAGGGAGCGCGACAGCAUUAUGCAGGAUUUCCGCCAGGCCAACUCGCGCGUGCUGAUUUCGACCGAUGUCUGGGCACGUGGUAUCGAUGUGCAACAAGUCUCGCUCGUCAUCAACUACGAUCUCCCAUCUAACCGUGAGAACUACAUCCACAGGAUCGGUCGAAGUGGCCGUUUCGGACGCAAGGGCGUAGCCAUCAACUUUGUCACACAGGAGGAUGUUCGCAUUCUUCGCGAUAUCGAGUUGUACUACUCAACUCAGAUCGAUGAGAUGCCAAUGAAUGUUGCUGACCUGCUCGCCUAA